AUGGUGAGCAAAACAUUGUCUCUUUGUUUUCAACUGGGAGAGCCUAAAACAAUGGGCCAUUUCCAACACCAUCUAAGAGCACUAACACUGCAAAUGUUUACAAUCACAACAUCUAGGCUUAGUAACACGGACUGGGAAGUUCUGCACCCCUUUUAUAGCCAAAGUGUUGCGGUCCACUGUGGAAUAUCCUAUUCAUCACUCACCAAUCUGACACCCCACUCUCUUUUCUCCUGUCUCCCCUCCUCCUCAUUUCUUUAUAAAGCUAAUGAGACUGAAGCAGGGCACCUCUCUUCUCACACACAGAGAGAGAGCGAGAGAGAGAGCGAGAGAGAGAGCGAGAGAGAGAGCGAGAGAGAGAGCGAGAGAGAGAGAGAGAGAGAGCGCGAGAGACAGAGACAGAGACAGACAGACAGAACCAUUUUAGGUUCUAGAUAGCACCUCUAAGAGUGUACAUGUACAGUAUGUACAUAUGAAUGUCAGCGUGUGUGUCUGUGUGCAUGCCUGUGUUCGUGUGUGUGUGUGUGUGUGUGUGUGUAAAUGUUUAUGUAGCUAUGUUGAACUAUUUGUGUGGUUUCAAGUCGCUGUGGUUGUAAAUGAGUAUAAUGGCUGCAUAUGUCUGUGCUAUUAAUAUGUGUAAAAAAAAAAUCUGUGUUUGUCUGUGCAGGUGCAGGCCACAGAUGCAGACCAGGGGGAGAACGGCAGGGUUCUAUACAAGAUCCUCUCUGGUGAGUACAACUUCUCAGUCGCCAGGUGGAGAUACUUUUCACACUUGCUCUCAGCCCUCACCGCACACAAACAAGUAAACACAAAAGACUGUCAACAACAACCCUGCACGCUAAUCAUACCCUGCAUGCAUAAUCAUAACUGUUUAUUUGAAGGCAUACUGUAUUAGCCAUUUGAAAGCUCAAUGAUACAAGAUGCAGUAUCAAGUGGGUAACACUUGAGUUGGAUAGAUUCCAAUUACAAUGUUGGUGAUAUUCCAGUAUUAAUAUUUGAAUGUAUAUCAAUACCCUCAUGGCCAUCCUGCACUCGAUCACUCUUAACCCCCAGCUAACAUCUCUCUUUCCAUUUCUCCCUCUCUCACACCCCUCCUCCCCCCCCCCCCCCCCCCCCCCCCCCCCACCCCCACCCCACCCCACCUUCCCUUUCUCUCUAUCUGUGUGUGUGUCUCCCUAUCUCUCUCUCUGUCUGCAUUCGUAGGAAACAGUAAAAAUAUGUUCAGCAUCAAUGAGUCGUCAGGGCUCGUGACACGGGGCCAGACGGCUCUGGACAGAGAGAGCAGCAGCUCCCACGUGCUGGAGGUAGAGGCCUACAACAGAGACCAAGGCAGGAUGAGGAGCUCCAUACGGGUAAGUAGAGCAGGAGGGGUGAGGAGGAAAGAGAGGGAGAGGGGGACAGGGAAGGAGGGGAGACAGGGGAUGGAGAGGGGAUAGGACUGGAGGUGGAGGCCUACAACAGUGACCAGGGCAGGAUAAUGAGCUCCAUAUGAGUGAGUAGGGGAGGAUGAUACAGGGGAGGGUAGUGGGAGACUGGGGAGAGGACAGAGGAGGGGAAGGGAGAGAGGACAGAGGAGGGGAAGGGAGGGGACAGGGCUGGAGGUGAGGAGCUCCAUACGGGUGAGAAGUGAAAAGGGAGGGGGAGGAGAGGGGGGAGGGCAGGCGAAGGGAGAGGGGACAGGGCUAGAGGUGGAGGCCUACAAUAGAGACCAGGGCAGGAUGAGGAGCUCUGUACGGGUGAGGCGGGGAGAUGGGGGAGGGAGAGGGAGAGGGGAUGGAGAAAGAGGGAGGAGAGGAGGGAAGAGGGGACAUGGCAGGACAUAGAAGAUGAGACUGUUGGGGUUAUACAUGGGGGAGGAAAAAGGAGAGGAUAUGUGGCAGGAUUUAGAAAAUAACAUAAAGGAGAGGGUAGUGUAUUGGGAGAUGAGAGGGUGUGGGACAGGACAUAUUAGAGUAUACGGCUGGAGCAGAGUAUGGGACAAAAGGUAGAGGGCUGUAGGGGUAUAAGAUAGGGCAGUAGAGGGCACCUGUGAACUUGUGAGUAUUUGUCCAGUUAUACUUCUUUGACUCCCAGUGUCUCUGUCUUCCCCCUACAGGUGAUAGUGUAUGUGGAGGACGCCAACGACGAGCCACCAGUGUUCACCCAGCAGCAGUACAACCGCCUGGGCCUGAGGGAGACCGCUGGCAUUGGCACCUCUGUCAUCGUAGUCCGAGCCACCGACCCCGACACCGGUGGGUGUUGUAGUGUAACAAUACUGUAGUAGCCAUAAUCCUCUGUACAAGCUGGUGUUAUUGAUAAUAAAUAAAGUGUAAUGUACACUACCGGUCAAAAGUUUUAGAACAGGCGGCAGAGCCCACGGUAGAUCAGUGCAUACAGUACAGUUUGGACACACCUACUCAUUCAAGGAUUUUUCUUUAUUUUUACUAUUUUCUACAUUGUAGAAUAAUAGUGAAGUCAUCAAAACUAUGAAGUAACACAUAUGGAAUCAUGUAGUAACAAAAAAGUGUUAAACAAAUCAAUAUAUAUUUUAUAUUUGAGAUUCUUCAAAUAGCCACCCUUUGCCAUGAUGACAGCUUUGCACACUUUGCACACUUCUUCUUAUUGGUGUUCUUUAGUAGUGGUUUCUUUGCAGCAAUUUGACCAUGAAGGCCUGAUUCACACAGUCUCCUCUGAACAGUUGAUGUUAAGAUGUGUCUGUUACUUGAACUCUGUGAAGCAUUUAUUUGGGCUGCAAUUUCUGAGGCUGGUAACUCUAAUGAACUUAUCCUCUGCAGCAGAGGUAACUCUGGGUCUUCCAUUCAUGUGGCGGUCCUCAUGAGAGCCAGUUUCAUCAUAGCGCUUGAUGGUUUUCGCGACUGCACGUAAAGAAACUUUAAAAGUUCUUGAAAUGUUCCAUAUUGACUGACAUUCAUGUCUUAAAGUAAUGGACUGUCAUUUCUCUUUGCUUAUUUCAGCUGUUCUUGCCAUAAUAUGGACUCUGUAUUUUACCAAAUAAGGCUAUCUUCUGUAUACCCCCCCUACCUUGUCACAACACAACUGAUUGGCUAAAACACAUUAAGAAGGAAAUAAAUUCCACACAUUAACUUUUAAGAAGGCACAGCUGUUAAUUGAAAUGCAUUCCAGGUGACUACCUCAUGAAGCUGGUUGAGAGAAUGCCAAGAGUGUGCAAAGCUGUCAUCAAGGCAAAGGGUGGCUAUUUGAAGACUUUUUCCACAUUUUGUUAGGUUACAGCAUUAUUCUAAAAUUGAUUAAAAUGUUUUUUUCCCCUCAUCAAUCUGCACACAAUACCCCAUGAUGGCAAAGCAAAAACUGGAUUUUAGAAAAUGUUGCUAAUUUAUUAAAGAUUUUAAACUGAAAUAUCACAUUUACAUAAGUAUUCAAACCCUUUACUCAGUACUUUGUUGAAGCACCUUUGGCAGCAAUUACAGCCUCAAGUCUUCUUGGGUAUGACGCUACAAGCUUGGCAACCUGUAUUUGGGGAGUUCCUCCCAUUAUUCUCUGCAGAUCCUCUCAAACUCUGUCAGGUUGGAUGGGGAGCGUUGCUGCACAGCUAUUUUCAGAUCUCUCCAGAGAUGUUUGAUCGGGUUCAAGUCUGGGCUCUGGCUGGGCCACUCAAGGACAUUUAGAGAAUUGCCCCGAAGCCACUCCUGCAUUGUCUUGGCUAUGUGCUUAGGGUUGUUGUCCUGAGCGCUCUGGAGCAGGUUUUCAUCAAGGAUCUCUCUGUAAUUUUCUCCGUUCAUCUUUGCCUCUAUCCUGACUAGUCUCCCAGUCCCUGCCGCUGAAAAACAUCCCCACAGCAUGAUGCUGCCACCACCAUGCUUCACUGUAGGGAUGAUGCCAGGUUUCCUCCAGAAGUGACGCUUGGCAUUCAGACCAAAGAGUUCAGUCUUGGUUUCAUCAGACCAGAGAAUCUUGUUUCUCAUGGUCUGAGAGUCUUGAGGUGCCUUUUGGCAAACUCCAAGCGGGCUGUCAUGUGCCUUUUAUUGAGGAGUGACCUCCGUCUGGCCACUCUACCAUUAAGGCCUGAUUGGUGGAGUGCUGCAGAGAUGGUUGUCCUUCAGGAAGGUUCUCCCAUCUCCACAGAGGAACUCUAGAGCUCUGUCAGAGUGACCAUCGGGUUCAUGGUCACCUCCCUGAUCAAGGCCCUUCUCCCCCGAUUGCUCAGUUUGGCAUGGCGGCCAGGAAGAGUCUUGGUGGAUCCAGACUUCUUCCAUUUAAGAAUGAUGGAGGCCACUGUGUUCUUGGGGACCUUCAAUGCUGCAGACAUUUUCUGGUACCCUUACCCAGAUAUGUGCCUCAGCACAAUCCUGUCUCGGAGCUCUACGGACAAUUCCUUCGACCUCAUGGCCUGGUUUUUGCUCUGACAUGCACUGUUAACUGUGGGACCUUAUAUAGACAGGUGUAGAAACAUCUCAAGGAUGAUCAAUGGAAACAGCAUGCACCUGAGCUCAAUGUUGAGUCAGCAAAGGGUCUGAAUACUUAUGUAAAUAAGGUAUUUCUGUUUUUUAUUUUUAAUAAAUGUGGAAAAAUAUCUAAAGACCUGUUUUCACUUUGUCAUUUUGGGGUAUUGUGUGUGGAUAGCUGAGGAUUUUUAAUUUAUUUAAUCCACUUUAGAAUAAGGCUGUAACGUAACAAAAUGUGAAAAAUUUCAAGGGGUCUGAAUACUUUCCGAAUUCACUGAACAUACUAGUAUGUAUUGAUAAGGAGACACGACAACAUUAUGUCAGCUUCAGAACAUCUUUACUAAAAUAAAACGGAAUAUGCUGUACAGAGCAUUAUGGGUACUGUAGUACAUCAUGCUACAGGGGUGUCCCUCAAUAAGCCAAUGAAUUGUGGUGUUAGAGGGCUCUUCCCGCCUCCAUAGUUAUUGGUGUUUUAUGACUCUCACACAGCUUUUAUACUGAGUUGUAUUGUUCUGUCUGCCCCCGGUACUGAAACUGGCAUUUAGCUGAGCACCAUUAAUCUGAGUGGCAUUUAACCCUCUACUUCUGCUAUUCUGUGUGGGCUUCCUCUGUUCACUUCCCAUCCUGUAAUGUGUAGCAUAAACACUGUGUGGGAGGACUGUUGCUGUGAUGUUGACAGUCACCAAACACUGCAACUUUGGUCUACAUCACCUCUGAGGAUACAACGAUAUCCUGCCCACAUGUCAUGGAAAGUUGGAAAUGUCCCUUUGUUAAAGCAGAAUAAUGAUUUUGGGUUAUAUUGUGGUUGGACAUUUUAGAUAGGUAUGUGUAGGAACAAUUUCUGACUACAUACUCAGUUCUACACAAGAAAAAUACUUAAAGGCCCAGUGCAUUCAAAAACAUGAUUUUCCUGUGUUUUCUAUAUAUUUCCACUCUAUGAAGUUGGCAUAAUACUGUGAAAUUGUGAAAAUUAUGAUAAUGCCCUUUUAGUGUAAGAGCUGUUUGAAAAUACCCCCUGAAAUUUCAGCCUGGGUGGGAUGGAGUUUUGGCCUGCCUGGUGACAUCACCAGGUGGUAAAGUAGUUAAUAAACAAAUAAGAAAGAUAGCUCCAAACCUCUCUGCCAAUAACAGCUAGUUUUCAGUUUUUUGAGAAAUUGCUCUUGCUAAUAAGCUAUUUUUGUUUCUUUUUGAGCAUUUUAAUUGAAAACAAUCACAGUAAGGUACUUAAUUGUUACCCAGAAAUGAUUUGAUAUUGAGAUAAAAACGGCUGCAUUGCGCCUUAAAGAAAAAACAACUUUUGUUUGUUCACUUCUCUCGCUGUUUUGCAUCCCUUCUCCCAACCUCCUUCACUGUAUGCCUUUCCCUGCCUCUCCCUCUCCUCCAUCCAGGUGACGGCGGGGCGGUGGCCUACGCCAUCAUCUCCGGCUCCGACCGUAAGUUCGAUGUGGACGUGAGCACGGGCUUGGUGACCACUGUAGACUACCUAGACUACGAGACCAAGACCAGCUACCUGAUGAACGUGUCGGCUACUAACCAGGCGCCGCCGUUCCAUCGUGGCUUCUGCACGGUCUACGUGACCUUACUUAACGAGCUGGACGAGGCAGUGGCGUUCUUCUCGGCGGGCUACGAGGUGUCGCUCCAGGAGAACAUCGCCACGGGAACGGAGGUGGUGCAGGUACAGGCGCAGUCGGCGGACAACCUCAGCCAGCUGUCGUACCGCUUCGACCCGGACACGUCGCCAGCCGCCCUAACCCUCUUCAAGAUCGACAGUAUCACGGUGAGUCGGUGGACAGGAUGGGGUGUAACACUAUAUUAGCAUUUUUCACUCUUAGUGGACAGUAGGGUUAAGGUUAAUUCCAUUUAAAUUCAGGAAGUAACUACAAAUCGAAUUCCAAUUUUCCAUUGAAAAUAAUUAUUCCUGAAUUGACUGAAUUGAACCCCAACCCUGCUGGAUACUGUACACUGCUCAGAAUAGGAUUAUACUGUAUAUAUUUCAAACUAGGAUAAAUCAGGUUUGUUAAUGUGUUCUCCCUCUCUUUCUCCUUCUCCCUCCAUCUAUAUGUCCAUCCCCAGGGUUGUAUCACAGUCACAGGGCUGCUGGACAGAGAGAAUGGGGACCUCUACACCCUGACUGUAGUGGCUGACGAUGGGGGACCAAAAAAAGACUCCACUGUGGUACGGCAGUUACUUCUUUCUUUCUUUCUUUCUUUCUUUCUUUCUUCUUGUUUUGACAGUAGUUGCUUGUAAAUGUUUAUUCCCUGUUGUCAGAGAUGGACAGUAUUUAUCAUGGCUCAGGAGAAGACCCAGAUGCAGACAGUUUCGAAGUAACAAAAGUUUAUUAUAAAAACAGGGGGGCAAGAAAAAGACAGGUCAAGGGCAGGCAGAGGUUAGCAAUCCAGAACAAAAGUAGUCCAAAAGGUACAAAAGAGUCCAAAAGGUACAGAACGGCAGGCAGGCUCAGGGCAGGCAGAGGUCAGUAAUCCAAGGCGGUGUCACAAGGUACAGAACGGCUGGCAGGCUCAGGGUCAGGGCAGGCAGAAUGGUCAAAACGAGGAAAAAUAGAAAACAGGAACUAGCGCAAAACAGGAGUACGGGAAAACUGCUGGUAGGCUUGAUGAGACAAGACGAACUGGCAACAGACAGAGAACACAGGUAUAAAUACCCUGGGGAUAAUGAGGAAGAUGGGCGACACCUGGAGAGGGGUGGAGACAAGCAUAAAGACAGGUGAAACAGAUCAGGGAGUGACAGUAUUUAUGUUACAUGUAUUUGAAAUAUGUAUUUGAAUUACUUGAGUAUUUUUGUAUUUGUAUUUCACUUGCCUGAACUACAAUCCAAUGUGUUUUGUAACAAGAUACUUUUCAGACAUGUAAUAAAAAAAGUGGUUCACGAUUUUCAAAUAAAAUAAAAAUGUAUUUGUUGCAUGCGCCGAAUACAACAGGUGUAGACCUUACCAUGAAAUGCUGACUUACAAGCCCUUAACCAACAAUGCAGUUAAGAAAAUAUUUAGUAAAUAAACUAAAAGUUAAAAAUUAAAUAAAAAAAGUAACAUAAUAAAAUAACAAUAACCCUGCAUUGGUAUCAGAUGUCUGAUGUCACUAUGGUGUGAUAAGAGUGUCUGGUAAAUGACCAGAAUGUAAAUGUAAAAAUGAACACUAUUCUAAAGAGCUCUGCCCUCAAAACAAGGCCAAUAAUAAUACCCAGUGUGCUUUGCAAUUGUUUAUUUUUGGUCAUUUAGCAGACACUUUUAUCCAGAGUGACUUACAGUCAGUGCAUUCAACUAGGGUAGAUAAACAACAACAUAUCACAGCCAUAGCAAGUAAAACUUUUUUUUGUUACCUUUACUGAGAAUGUUGUUAUAGUGAAGGCAUGAAAAUACAACACUACCUAAAAUAACUGUAUUGUGAUUAAAUACAACACUUUGCAGAAGUAUUUUGUCUUUUGAGUAUUUUGUAAUUGUAACAAGAUAGUAUCUUUGCCCAUCUCUGCUAUUUUCAAUAAUAAACCAUACAACGAUAUUGUAAUCUAUUCAGUUAGUGACAAUUCUUGUUUUCACCUCGUUACUGCUAUCUCAUGGGGAAAUUGCAGAAGGUAUGUGUUGCUUUCCUUCUUCAGUCUGGAGUCCUGCCUUAAAGUUUUAAUUAAAAGCUUAAUUAAGUUUGUGAGUGUUUGUGUGUGUGUGUGUGUAUGUCACAAAUGUACUUAAAUUAUUUUUAAACAGCAUACCGUGUUUAUCAUAUUAAAUUCAAAAGGUAUGUAGCAUUCCAGCCCUCUUGUCAAUCCCUCAUUGGCUGUGUCUAUACAUGUGGCAGGUGUCAAUCACCAUACUGGAUGAGAAUGACAACAGUCCUGAGUUUGAUAUCACAUCUGAUUCGGCGGUGGAGAUUCCAGAGAACACGCCCAUCGGGAAGAGAGUGGCUGUGGUGCUGGGGCGCGACAAAGAUGCCGGGAAUAAUGGACUGGUGAGUGAGUGAGUGAGUGAGUGAGUGAGUGAGUGAGUGAGUGAGUGAGUGAGUGAGAGAGAGAGAGAGAGAGAGAGAGAGAGAGAGAGAGAGAUGCCCAAGCUAUCAAGCCUAGUUGAACUAUUUUCUGCUCUUCACCUGCUCUCUUUUUUCAACUCUGACUCCAUCCCCUCCUCUUUGUCUCUCUCUCUCUCUAAGGUGACCUUCAGUCUGGUGGCAGGAAAUAUGCAGGAUGUGUUUGAGAUCCGGACAGUGAACCACACCUAUGGAGAGAUCUACGUCAACUCCCCUCUGGACAGAGAGUCUGUUGACCGCUACCUGCUCAAGGUUAGACAUCUGGGUCACGUUCAUUAA